CUGACAAAGCCAAAGUCAACAGCGAAAGCAUGGCAGGAUACGUCACAGGAUGAAAUCAAGAGCAGUAUCUCUGUAUGGAAGAAACGACUCCAUUUAGUUGUGAAGGAAGAUGGAGGUCACAUUGAGCACAAGUUAUUAGAUAAUUAUGUUGUGGCACUCUACGUGAUAACCGGUGACAAAGGGCUGUGUGUCAAGUGUAGGAUUUAUGCUGUUUGACUUUAACAGUUGAACCAUAUGCUGUGGUGAUAAAUUCACACUAAGAGCUUACAUUAAAAUAACACUGUGACCUUAACAUACUUGCCGUUUGGAUAUACAACGACUUACACAAUUAACGUUUCAAUAGCAUCGCAGUAGUUUGUCAUUCUCUCGAGCUCGGUACUUGGUCUGUUUUGGCAUUGAAAUAGUAGUACCACAAUAUAAGUGACAUUGGCGAAAAAGAGGCGAAACAAGCGAUACAGUAGACAAGGAUGAUAACUUCAAACAUCUGACCAACAGAAUCCAGGUGUAAAAGUUUCAUAACUGUGCGUGAUAGGGAGACUGGGAAAUAACGUCAUCGUUGAAAAAGCGAUCGAGUGCAUUUGUAUUUUCUUUUGAAAUCAAUAGUUUUUUAAGUGAACUCCUUCGGUAUUCAAAACUAAGUUAUGACGAUCGAACAUCUUGAUAUGAAUGAGAUCGAUUAAAAUGCAAAUAAGCAAAGGGAGUUAGAGUUUGUCAAUGGCUAAUGAUCGGAUUGCACUGCAGUAUAUAAACUUGAAACAUAUAGCAAUCGUUAGUUCUCUGUUGAGACAUUGAAAUAACAGAACUUCGAUUUUAUCAAUUUUAAGCAGAGAAACAAGCAAUAUGAGAGUAACGUUACAGGACACUCAGCGGUCGUUAUUAAUGGUGAUGGGAGUGCUGGUCAUUUUCAUCUUUGCAUUUGACCAAUACUUGGAGAGAGAUACGAAACUAAAGAUAGCUUCAUAUGAGACAAGAUGGAGAAGCAGGGGACUACAAUCGUUGACCAACAACACCAAAGAUCCGCUAGGCGACUCUAAAUUGUGGAUGGCGAUCAGUCGGAAAUCAAACGCCAGAUCGUUUGGGUACGAUACAAUGGUUUAUAAAAGUCGUUUCGACGAACCAGACGCUCGACCAAGUGCCAUCUCUUCCCUGGAGACUUAUCAUAUGCAAGGUGAACGUAAAAAUUCAGAACCGAUUGUUGAGGCGAAUGACGAAGCCGACACCGUGGACUUUAAAGAAAUGAUGACAGAGAGUGUAAAAACAAUCGCAAACACUCCGACUCAAUAUAUACCGAGGAUCAAGAGCUGGGAAGACAUUUCGAACAAUCCAAGAAAAAUAUUACUUUUUCCUGGGAACGGUCGCCUUGGUGACGAAAUGUUCCAGUACUCUUCUGCGUGGGCGAUUGCUAAGAAAACGAACAGGACGCUGUACAUACCUUCAAACUCCCGUCUUCUCGAGAUCUUCAGCAACAUUAAAGCAGAAAUAUUCGAUCUUAGAUCUCUGCCUAAAGACAUUAACCUCCCCGUGCGAUCAGGUAGAGGACCUUUCAAAAAAGACUUAUUCAACGUAAAGGCGGCUAGCUUCGUGCUUUACAACGGUUUGGGGAGCUUCAGUUACAUUACAAACAUUAAAGAUGAAAUUAAAAACCAGUAUACAUUCAACAGUGACAUAAAAUCAAAGGUUGAUAACUUUUUUAAAACACUACCAAGUGCAAUAAAGAACGAAAAAACUAUUAACGUCGGGGUACACGUCAGACGCGGAGACCUAUUAUCGCUAGAAAAUAACAGGAAAGGUUAUCGUGUCCCAAGUGUUGACUAUUUCCUCAAAACUAUGCAACAUUAUGAUCGAAUUCUUAGUCCAACAAACAUUCGCUAUAUCAUAUGUUCAGACGAUCCAAAAUGGGCCCGAGAGCAUCUAAACUUUCCUAGUACACAUUUCUGCCCCGGUGAAUCGGACAGCAUGGACUUGGCCAUAUUGGCUCGUUGUGAUCACUCAAUUAUGUCCGUUGGGAGCUUUGGUGCAUGGGGGUCGUACCUAAGUGGCGGAAUGGUGACAUUUUACCCAUACCCCUACAGUGAGAAUUCUGUCAUGUGGAAACUGUGGCACAAACACAAACACGAGAAAGUUCCAGCACACGGUCUUCCGUAUUACAGUUGAGAAUGACUAGAAAUCUUUCGCUCAAACCAGGGAUCUGAACUGUUCCAAUUCCUCUAGUCGUAUUACGUAGCAUUACGAACGUUUUAUGCUUGAACGUUCGAUUGUAUAAAAAAACUGCCAUUCAACAAGUGAAGUAAAUGGACAUACAGGCAUUUAUAACUGAAGAACGUGUUAUUGUAACAAAACAUACAUUUAGCUAAAGUGAUUGGUAACAUGCAUUCUGCAUGUAUUCAGCAAAUCAACAAUUUUAGUGAUCGGGUGUUUCAGUGCAAUUAUUUUUCACAGUGGUCAAUUUCAAAUAUUGUAAAUCUUAAGUUUCGGGGAAAUAAUGAAUAUGAUGCCAGUGCUGAUGAUUGGGAUUGCGAUAAUAAGGGUAAUCCACAAUUCACAUGGUUUAGAUGAUUACGUAAACGGGUGGGGAAUUCUGCUCUAUCAAACCGUAUAAUUGUAUCAUUUUGGUCACUGGCAUCUUAUGUAAUGCCUUGGCCACAAUUGCUCCGAUUCAUCGGUCGGCGCUCAGCCGAUUGAAUAUUCUGUUCAGAACUGAAUACAAUUGUGAACA